AUGCAGAAUAUACCCGAUAUGAAGCAAGUGAGAGUAAUUCAGCAGUUGCGAGAAGCCCACGAUCACAUAAUAAAUCAACAUGAGCUCAUAAUGUCAUCAGCGCCGGUUCGAAGAAACAAAAGAUCGGCGCUACCAUUUGUUGGAGGAAUACUUCGUUCAUUAUUUGGGCUGAUGGAUGAGGAGCAUGCUGAUGAGCUGGUGAGGAGAAUUAAUUUGGGUGAUGCGAACCAAAGUGCAAUGUUGGAGCUGAUAAAUAACCAGACAUCGCUUCAAGACAUCACCGCGAGAAUUAUCAAGGAGCAGAACCAAGCCGUUUUCAAAAAUAUAGAGAAGCUGCGUGAAUCCUCCGAGUUGCUGCAAAAGGAGAUCGGCACUCUUGAGAAUAGAGAAGUUAUAAUUCUGCGGAUAACCGAAUUGCUUGCGACAUUACAAGAAGUGGAGUCUAUUCAGAGAGAUUUGAUCGAUGUGAUGGUUAACAUUCGGGGCAGUUUCCUUCAUGAAAUUCUCCCGCUAAAGACAUUCAAGCAGCAGAUACGUAUAAUCAAUUCAUCGGUUGGUAAGAAGCUCCAUUUACCAACGGAAUCACCAAUGGAGCUAGCACAGAUAGCUCAUGUGACGACCAGGACUACACAAGAGUAUAUGCUGUUUAAUAUACGGCUCCCUCUGAUCAAUGUGGAUCACUUUUUGGCGUAUGCAGUUCAAGCUUACCCUAUAAUCCAUGAUGGAAUGUCAGUCCAGUUGAAUACGCACAGCAACUACUUAAUGAUCAACGAAGAAAAGACGUUAUUUUACACCAUGAAGGAAGACGAAUUCACCAGAUGCCAAAAAAUCAAAGAUUUGACGAUAUGCCCCCAAAUACAUCCCAUCUACAACGCUAGAGAGUCAUCCGAAUGCGAAGUAAAGCUAUUUGUUUAUCCAAAAGUCUUUCCAGAUAGCUGUGAGUUCGCAAUUACAAAGUUUCGUAAUUUCUGGAAGCAGCUCCAUGUGCCAAAUGCUUGGGUUUUCUCUAUAACGAAGGGAUCAUCCACCGACAUCAAAUGUGAUGGAAAUCGACAAGACAUUGUGCUCCAAGAUCAAGGAUUAUUAAGAAUGCAGCCGGGUUGUACUCUUGAAACUGAAGAAAUGAAACUAUGGGCACACGAGACUUACAAGAGCAACGUCAACUACAUAUUUCCCCAUCUAAACAUCUCAUCAUCCUUACCACCACUCACCCAUCUACAACUCAAGAACGAUAUCGAAAUCUACAAGUUGCCAGACAUACCGAAGUUCUAA